UCUCUCCCCAGGCCAGCCACAGCCACAGCUCCAUGAUGCCUGGGGCCUCCUCCCCCGGGGAUAAGGACCCCCACACCCCCAGCUCGGGGACCGAGCAGAGCUCCAGAGACUGGGUGACCACCGACAUCGAGGUGAAGGUCCGUGACACCUACCCGGACAGUCAGGCGGUGGGACAGAUCGGUGUCAUCCACAGCAUCAUGGGCGGGAUGUGCGCUGUCUACCUGAAGGACAGCAAGAAGGUGGUGAGCAUCUCCAGCGAGCACCUGGAGCCCAUCACCCCCACCACGUACGACAAGGUCAAGGUGACCCUGGGGGUGGACCGUGAAGCCACCGGGAUCCUGCUCCGCAUUGACGGGGAGGACGGGAUCGUCCUCAUGGAUUUAGACGACGAUAUCUCGAUCUUCAGCCUCCGCCUCCUCGGCAAACUGAUGGAGGCUGGAGGGCGGCGCUGGGCGUGAUCCUCUCCUGCGAGUCCCACGCGAGCAUCGUCUUGAGCAGCGGCACCAUCCCACACAGUCACAGUGCUCGCCCGGGGCUUCCUGGCCGGAGUUAGACGCCAGGCGGACGCGCCCCGGCACCAGCGGAUCCAGCGAGGAGAAGACGUACCUUUUCCUGGUAGGACAGGCUUUUCCCCAGCCUGUUAGCUGAUCGGUUCUCACUAACAUGUCAAAGUACCCCAAUUUUGGUUUUGGCAUUUCAGUGGAAUUUCCUUUCAGGAAAGGUGGCGGGAGGUCUUUUUCCACUGGGAGCCUGAAUUCGUACAGUAGCAUAUCGUUUACAAAGUUUACAUCCUUCACAGAUUCUUUUGGCUGCUGCAUAAAUUCCCA